UGAUGAUGGCAGCGUAGGCACACCGCCUCUGCUUACUGACCUUACUAUCGCAACUACCUGACAGCACCUUAUCGUACUGAGGCCGUCCGCCGCCCACCCACCCGUCCAUUGUAUCCAACAAACAUUCAUUCUACGACUGACUGAGGCGAGAGAGAGUGGCAGGCCGGCCGUCUUUUGUCGUCGUUUUUGUAUCGUUAUUGUUAUUGUUAUUGCUGCUGCUGGUGUUAUCGCAAUGCUCCUCUGCCGUGGUGUUGGCAAGGACGGGGAGCGCCCCGCCUUCAGGUGGCGGGGGUACCUCGCCGUCUGCUGCGCACUGACCAUUGUGGUGGCCAUCUCCCUUGCAUAUGACAGCCUCUUCUCGAGAAGAACAGGUGCGCAUGGCAUGGAAGGGGAGAGAAGGGGGUGGGGAUGGUGGAUGUGUGUCUGUGGUUCAUGCAGACGGUGGUGAUGUUGGUGCCCCUCUGCGUGGACUGGUGGGCAAGAAGAAGAAGAAAGACCACCACCCUCCGCCCCCGCCCACCAAGCCUGACUACGACAUCAAAAAGAUCAUCAUCACCACAGACCCCUACUACGAGUGUCCCGAAGGGUGGGUGCGAUUGGCCACACAUCCACACACACACACACACACACACACAGAAAUGCAUUCCAAUGCAUGUGGUCAUCCGCCCGUUCAGGUACGAGCAGGUGUCCGACCACGAGUGUGUGCGGACCAAGGAGGAGAAGCCGAAGCUCAAAUGUCCGCCGGGCUAUGUCCUGGACCCCCACACCAAGACCUGCAGGGGCAAGGAGCAGAUCAAACCUGACUAUGUGUGCGACACGGGCUACGAGCCGAGAGGCCACGACUGCUAUCGCCAGGAUGUGGAGCCGUCGCAGGUCAAGUGCCCACCGGGGUACUACCUCGACGACCACCACUGCGUCAAAGGUAUGAAAUGGAUGGAUGGAUGGAAGACGCAUAACGUUGACCGAUUCUGUCCUUUUGGCAUACAUACAGAUGUGGUUGCGCCACCCGAGACUGCCUGCCCGCACGGUAUGGUGGGGGAGGGGAUGAGACGCGCACGCACGGGUGACCGAUAGACAAGAUGUGUGUGUGUGUGUGUGUGUGGUUGUGCAGGAUAUCACUAUGUGGACGGCGUGUGUGUCAUGAAGGUGGAGACCCACCCGGAUGUGCAGUGCCCCUACGGCUACGUCAUGGACGAGCACAAGAAGUGCGUCUCCAAGGACACCAGGGAGCCGCUGCUCGAGUGCCCGCCGGGCUACCACCUGGGCAAGGGCGGCAUCUGCACCAAAGACAAGGGCACUCCGGUGGAGAAGAGGUGCCCACCCGGCACCCACCUGACACCCGACGGCAUCUGCCUCAAGAAACAUACCGUCGACGCACAUCCGCACUGCCCGAAAGAGUGAGUGAGAGAGGGAGAGAGCUCGGGGGGCACGGACAAGUGGCUGCAGAGAUGUGUGUGUGUGUAUGUGUGGUGUGGUGUGGUGGAUGGGCGCAGGUAUACGCUUCACGAGGGGUACUGCUAUCUGGAGGAGGACGUCCCCGGCCACGUGGUCUGCGACAAGCACUACGAGCUCGACGCGCCCACGCAGCUAUGCACCAAGGAGGACACCACCCACCCCAAGCUCACAUGCCCUCACGGGUAUACCCUUGACGAGCAUGCCAAGAGCUGCGCCAAGACCGUCACCAAGCGAGUGGCAGUCCAGCCACCACCUCCACCCCCUCCGCCGCCCCCUUCCAAAAAGGACAUACACGCCCCCAUGGCCCACCACACGCCUCACAAGAAAGACACCUACGUCGAGCCCGCCCACACCAAGGAGACCUACAGCAGCGACGACGGCUAUGACGCCCACGGUGAUCACGGUGAUGCGGGUUGGGUGAUCCCUGGCGACGGGUCUGGGAGGCGCGAGCUGCAGCAGGAGGGUCAGGAUCAAGUGGCGGCGCUGGGGCGGGGGAAGAAGAUGAAGAAGACGGUGACGCCUGUGGCGUAUGAGACGGUCGAGGAGGUGCUGCACGAGGAGGCCCAGUACACCUGCCCACACGGCUACCAGCUCGUCGGCAAGACAUGCACACGACAGCUCACGGCAAAGCCGCACACACAGUGCCCCAAAGGGUGAGUGAGUGGGGAGGACGACUAUGCGUCGGUGUGUGUUGGGUCCAUCCAUUCAUCCAACCUAUGCGUGCGUGCGUGCGUGCGUGCGUGUAUGUGAUUGUGUGUGUGCGCAGUAUGCAAGAGAUCGGCAAGGGUCGGUGUCUGAAGAAGAGCAAGGUCGCGGCGCAGUACAUCUGCCCCGACGGCUAUGCCGAGAACUUAACCAAGGGCAAAGUCUGCGAGGCCGUCAAACACAUCAAACCUGAAAUGGUCAGUGACUGAGUGAGACGGCGAGUGGGCGAUAGAUACGGCAUUGGCUUGAUCACCAUAACUCUCUCUCUCUCCCUCUCUCUCUCUCGUGUGUCUGUGGCCGUGCGUGUCUGCAGCUGUGCCCGCAUGGCAGCGUGCUCGACAAGAAGACCGGCAUCUGCGAGUACACUGACAAGAAGGAGGCGAAGGAAUACUGCCCAGAAGGUACCGAUCAACAGGCAACCAAGAUGGAGGAAGAGAUGACCCCUCGCCCCGCCGAUCUCUGUGUGUCUCGUCUCGUCUCGUCUGUUAGGCUACACCCGGCACCACCACCACAAGGGGGAGUGCGUCAAGGUGCUCAAGGAGCCGCCCGUCGUGCACUGCCCAGACGGAGAGCUAGUCGGACACAAAUGCAUCAAGGUAUGCACGCACUAUAUAUAGUUCGAUGCACCCGUAUCUGUGUCAGUCAUCAUGUGUGUGUGUGUUGGUGUGAUUGAUGCACGCGCACAGCGUCUCGAGGAGGAGCCGACUCAGCAUUGCCCCGAGGGUUUGGUCUUCUACGACGGCAAGUGCAAGGGCGUCAAGCAGGGCAAGCCAAAAUUCCUGUGCCCACCAGGUACUUACGCGCACCCCACCACACACACAGACACACACGCCGCUCCCUCCUUGUUGUCAGGGUACCACCCGAAGCACGGUGAGUGCGUCAAGGACGAGUACGCCCCUCCCCGUCCCGUGUGCCCUGACGGCACCGAGCUCAAGUACGACGUGUGUGAGGCCCACAAGGAGGUGCACCCCAAGACCUACUGCCCAAAGGGCUACAAGCUCGUCAACGGCAGGUGCGUCAAGCAGGAGCACGCCCGCCCCGACGUCCUCUGUCCGCCGCCAUACGUCUUCGACAAGAAGAAGCACAUCUGCGUGCGUCACGAGAUCAAGGCCACCCUGCCCACGGAGGCCGCCGAAGACAUCCUGGGGGAGGUGCUGCCCCCGACGCAGGCACCCCAGGCCGUGCAGCCCACGUACGUCAUCCCGCUGGCCCCCCCGCCCCCGCCCCCACCAGUGUACAUCCCUCCGGCCCCCAAGCAGGUGCCGCCCAAGGAGAAGGUGCCCAAGGUCAAGAAGGAGAAGGUCAAGAAGGUGCACCCGCCCAAGCCCAAGAAGCCCGUCCAUGAGAGGGAGGUGCGCUACAAGAAGGUCCAUGAGAGGCCCGUCAAGGCCGCCCCCGCCCCCAGACACGAGUACAGCCAGUAUGCCGGCGGCCACCAGGGGCUGGGGCAGCACGGCGGCGGCGGCCACGGGCAGGGCCAUGGGCAGCUUGGGCGAGGGGCGCUGGACCACCUGCACCAGACAAACGAGUACCACUCAAAGGGAUACUAGUGGGUGGGCGAGACACAGACGAGAAGGCGAGAGCAUGCAGAUGGAUGGAUGGGGGUCGGUCGUUUUUCUGUGUGUGGGGGGCGUGGAGUGCGCAUGGUGGCGGCGGCCCGCUCGUGGGAUGAUGUUUACCUGACAGACAGAUGUGAUCGAUCGUACCACUACCUGCACAUGAGAAUUGUACAUAGACAAACAGACAGACAGACAGACAUUUCGCGAGGAGGUUUUUCGCAAGCAAGCAAGCCGGGUGCGUGUCCAUAGUGGUUGACGGAAGCUAGCCAGGCCAGCCCUUGUCCUCUCUCGCCAUGCCAUGCGUGUGUCGUUCGUUCCGGCGAUCGCACAUGGAUUCAUUCUAACACAUGCAUUCAUACAGUCCUUUUUCACUCGUCAUUGCUAUCCGUGAUUUAUCAGUGUAUUUAUUAUCCGUCCGUGUGAACAGACGGACGGACAAACACUGUGUGCAUCGUGUGGAUAAGGUGGGCGAAGGGGGGGGUGGGUGGGGUGGGGUAGAAAGCCCUGCCUGUGAGAGGACCCUUGUGUGCCGAAACACUCACACGGAGACACACAGGCAGACAGACAGACAGACAGACAUGAGCAGCCUUUUGCCCGAAUGCGCUUGUGGCAUCCCCUCUCUCUGUCUGCUGCGGCUGUGCCGUGUCUCUCUGUGUGUGUGGUGUGUGUCAUGGCGCACAAAGUGUGUAGCUCUCCGCAGGGCAGGACCGACGCAUCGACUCGCUCGGCUCGUGAUGCAUGCAUUCAUGGACUCACCCCCUCUCAUAUCUGAGCGUGUGGACUGACUGACGUAUGUGUGGAUAGAUGGAAUAGAUGGAGGGGCAAUUGUCGGGAACAGACACCCCCCAAAGCACCAACCAAAAUGGAUGGACAAAGUGUACAACACCAGAAUGCGAG